UAGUUACGACACCAGUAGUGCAAGUUGAAGCUACGGUUGGAAUCGAUCAGAACUCAGAUCAAUGUUAAAGGAGUCAGAGUUAGAGGAUCAGCUGAUUUGUAGCACCCUGCCAUGAAGAUUUUGAUGUGAAUUGUGAUAUGUCAAGAAAGGAGGAGUUGGGGUCAUCUCAGCUAAAUAUUAAGAGAUAGUAUGAGCUGGGAGUAUGAGCAUAUUUGUUGAUCUUCAUGCUUAGCAGUUAGCCCUGUAAGUUCAGGUGUGAUGGCGACCGAAGUUCUUCUGCUAACAGCAAAUGUUGGAUCUAUUUUCGAGGAUCCCCAUCAUAUGCUGAAAAUAUGGAUCGACGAGUUUCUGAAGCUGAUACGGGAACGGAGGCCCGAAUUCGUGGCACUCCAUUGUCAAGAAGUAGGCGGCAAAAACUACGAGACCAGUAUGCAGCAUGUCGACAGCUUUGUUAGGGACGUGUUGGCCAGUCCAGAGAUCGACAGCCAGUUCGACCGGGCCGUCAUACUGCUCGACAAAGACUUUAACCGGGCGGCCAGUUUCACGGCGCUGGGCAACCUGUACCUGAUCAGCCGCCGGCUGCAGCAGGCUGACCUGUGGGACUGGGCCGCCGAGCGCUACCGGCCGGUGGAGGGUCACGAGGUGCACACGGGUGACCUGGCCGCCAUCUCCGAGGCCGACAAAGACAAGUUCCCGCAGGAGUACUUCCCCAACUGCAAGUGGUCGCGCAAGGGCUACCUGCGCACCCGCUGGCGUAUACGUGGAACUGAAAUCGACUUAGUCAACAUUCAUCUCUUUCACGACGCGUGUAAUAUGAUCGCCAUUGAAACGAGUCCGUCUCCGUACAGCGAGAACCGACGGCGGGCCCUGCAGCACACCCUGGACCGGUUCCACGCUGACCGGCACAGCAACGUACCCUUCUUCAUCUUCGGAGACUUCAACUUCCGGGUCAACGCGCACGGUGUCGUCAAGCACCUGACCAAAGAUCUCAAGCCGCUGGCCAAAGCUGAUCUGGAGAUGGUGGAGUUCCACGACGACUCCGAGACGGUGGUGUUGAGAGUCGGCAAAAAGGAGUUCUUCCACUCCACACACCAAGACACAUUUCUGCAGGACAUAUCGUGGCUACUGAGUUUCGACCAGGAGUUGGAUGAGUUCAGGGACCGCCUGCACGAGUUUCCCAUCGAGUUUCCGCCGUCGUAUCCGUUUGAGGAGAACGUGGACCGGUCCGAGUACCUGAUGAAGACCCGCUGCCCGUCGUGGUGUGACCGCAUCCUCAUGAGCAAGUCGGCUCUCCAGGUCAUACAUCAGGACGGUCACGGCGACGUCACAUAUGGGAUGGUGGGCCGGGAGCGCUGCAUGGGCGACCACAAGCCGAUCAUGCUGCGGCUGCCGCUGCGCGCCGAGUGCCGGCCCGUGUGCUGCGCGCUGGGCCGGCCGUGCCCGCCGUACGGGCGCGCCGGCUCCCUGCCGCUGCGGCCGGGCCCGCCGGCGGCCGCCGGCCGGCGCCGCGUCAGUUCGCUGGGCGGUGAGCCGCCGCCGCUGCGGCACAAGCAGAGCCGGCUGCGGCUGGAGCUGUCGGCGCGGCUGCACUCGCACCACAGCUCCUCGGACGAGGACUGGUUCGAGGAGGUGGACGCCGAGGAGCCGCCCGAGCCCGAGACCAACGGACAGACGGCGCCCGCCGACACGGCCGUGUCCAACGGCGCGCCCGUCACCGACCUGCUGGAGCCAGUACAAAUGGUGGCCCAGCGCGCCGCGCCGCGCCGCCGCCGGCCGCGCUGCCAGUGCGGCCUCGUCUAGGCGCUCUGGGUCCGCCGCUAGUCAGGGCGCGGCCCAAUCAGCCGGCCCUCGCCACCGUUCGUCCUCUCUAAGUGUAUACAUGCACCGGCGCGUAUUUAUUUCAAUUGUUUUUAUCGGUUGCGCAUCGUCGAUUGUUGGUAUGAUGGUGUUAUGAAAGUGUUUAUUGAAUCACUAUGCGCCAGAGAAGGAGCGUUGGUAGUCUGGUACAAAUAGACGCGCUCGGCACGGACGGGUGCCGAUGGAGUUCGCCCGAUAGAGUUGUGAUGUUGAUACGUUUGAAUCUAUUUUACAAUUGACGUCUCGUAGAGCCAGGUGGCCGGCGCCGCCGUGCCGCCUGGCCGUCUCUGGGCCCAUGUCAUAUGUCGACGAUAUCCGCGUCUAUAUAACUGUUAUGUAUUGGCGCGUGCGUUUACGUGUUCUAAGUGUCAGUGUGUGUGUUUGUGACCUAAUAUGUGUCACCACGUGUGUCUACGUCCAGUAUGUGUUAGCAUGGUGACCAUGUGACCAAGGGAGUCCCUCUGGGUGACGCGGACCAGGCAACGCCCCGACCUCCCGGGCCCGGUCAGACCAGAUUCUCCGCGGCCACGCGCCCAUAUUCCUGGAUCCUUCAACCGGCGGCGUUUGGCCUAGCUUCUCUAACGGAUGUCCGGAUAGGGGCGACACCCUGACCAUCAGCCAUGCUUGUGUAGUUAAUGUCUGUGCGGCAGAAUAGUCCCACCGUCAUCUGGCGUUCUCGUUAUGUGUAGGCCGGGCACACCGUGCAGAAACCCAACAGUCGUGCAAGCACCGAUAUUAGCACCGUAGGAUGCCACUACCAGAACCCUGCCAUACGAUUUUUUUUUUUUUAGUAGCAAUCGUCUCAGUACAAUGUUGUGUAGUUGUACCCAUGUGAGCAUGUCUUGUCAGACGUGUGUUUCUAGAUGUACGCUGACUUGUCAUGAUGUGUAAUACCAGUCCUAACUGUAUCUGCUUUAGCGAGCCUCCUGAAAACUGUACUAGCUUAACGCUAGAGCUGGGUGUUAACGAGUCACCAUAAUACAGCUCUCAGAACGAAAUACGUUCGAUAUAUUCCUAAAAGUAAAGGCAUCAAACUCAAAGCUUCAUUGCUCCUGCGCACUGCUGCCCGCAAUGUUUUAAGCUUGCUAAACAGCGUUGAGUCCAAGUGAGGAGUGAAGCGUACGCUUGUUGUCGCGAAAAUACUAUUUAUUAUGAAUCUUCGGUAUAAAUGUUGUAGCACUCGCCAUCUCAGCGAAGCGCCUAACAGUCUGAUAUACGGCCUCCACGCGGACGGGAAGUCGCUGCUUUGGUUGUUGGCGCGCGGUGUAGUCGUUUGCUGUGGACAGGCCAGCAAUGCUGUGGGUCCGGUGGUGCUGCUCGCGAACUCUUCCGGUUAUGUUGUCAGUGACCGUUUGGUUUGUGGUAUAUACAGAUGCGACGUGCCAUAAA